AUGAAGUUGAACAUAGCCAACCCUGCCACAGGCUGUCAAAAGCUUAUCGAAAUUGAGGACGAACGCAAACUUCGUCCAUUUUUCGAUAAGCGUAUAAGCGCCGAAGUACCUGGAGAUUCGCUCGGUGACGAAUUCAAAGGAUAUAUUUUCCGUAUAACUGGCGGCAAUGAUAAACAGGGAUUCCCGAUGAAGCAAGGUGUUUUGCGUAAUGAUCGAGUCUAUCUCCUAUUGUCUGCGGGACAUUCAUGUUAUCGACCUCGUCGCAAUGGAGAGCGGAGACGAAAAUCCGUCCGUGGUUGCAUCGUUGGUAGUGACCUUUCCGUCAUGUCGCUAAGUAUCAUCAAACAAGGAGAACAGGACAUUCCUGGAUUAACUGACAAGUCCUAUCCAAACCGACUUGGACCAAAGCGAGCGUCAAAGAUCCGCAAAUUCUUUAAUUUAGACAAAAAAGCCGAUGUACGCAAGUAUGUCGUGAGGCGCGAAGUUCAACCAAAAAGGGAGGAUAAAAAACCGUACACCAAGGCACCCAAGAUUCAGCGGUUGGUAACGCCCUUGACGCGGCAGCGCAAACGCCGCCGACUCGCUCUUAAACGGAGAAAAGCACAAGAAACAAGAGUGGCUGCUAAGGAAUACAGCGAACGGCUCGUCAAACACUUGAAAGAGCAAAAAGAAAGAAGGGCCACUUUGAAGAAACGAAGAGCUGCUGCUCAUAAAGAAUGA